AAAAAUGUGUGCUAAAUUGAGGGGUUCCUCUCUCUCUGCCCCCUAUAGGGUUUUUGUAUUAAAACAGUCCAAAUUUAGUCAAGCAACUUCAGCUUUCUAUGUUUUUUUGUUCUUCCUCUUUGUUGGAUUUGCGUUUACAACAUAAUUCAAGUAUAUCCAAAACCAUAGUAAAAACAGAAAGAAAAUGCAACGAAACCCAAACCAAAACGAUUUGAUUCACCAAUUCAAACAUGGGUAUUGGAAGAACUUGGUUUCUGAUUGUGGGUUUCGCAUAUCUGUAGCUGGGAUUCUCGGAAUUGCCGGUUUUGUUUUGGCUUUAAUAAAAGACGGUAAAUUGGGCAAAUUAAGCGGCUUUAAUUGGUUGAGUAAGAUUCAAGAUUCUCCUCGGAGUUUGCGCUUGGUGCCCGGGUUGCAAAAUCUCGGCAACAAUUGUUUUCUCAACGUGAUUUUACAGGCUUUAGCAAGUUGUUCGUGCUUCCAAAUUUUUUUGCAAAAGGCUAUAGAGGAAUGUGAAAGGUCGGCUGAUGAGGAUUUAGUUGAUAGUAUGCCACUUGCAGUUGCUUUAGCUUCGUUAUUCGAAGAAUUAUGUGUAGUUGGUGAAGGAAGAGUAGCGUUGAGUCCUCGGACAGUAAUGCUUGCAAUCGCUCAUUACAUUCCCAGUUUCAAUCUCACUGCCCAGCAGGAUGCAGCCGAGGCUUUUCUUCAUAUCCUGUCCUCUUUAAGAGAAGAAUUUACGGGGUGUUAUGAUCCAAGAAACCCUUCUUUGUUGGAAUUAUGUUCUUCGAGUUGCAGGAUUAUUACACCAAAGAGGGGGGAGGUCUUGAGCAAGCAAGAAAUGUGGCAGCGAGCUUUUGUUGGACCAUUUGAUGGGGUUCUUGGUAGCAUCUUAACUUGUCAAAGUUGUUCAUCUCAGAUUUCACUGAAUUUUGAAGCAUUUCACAGCCUGCCACUUUCUCCGGUGCUUGAUACUGGUGCCACCAUAAUGGUUCGAUGUAGCUUGGAAAAUUGCCUAAAGCAGUUCACUGUUGCCGAACAAGUGGAGAAUUACCACUGCAGCAAUUGUUGGCAUAUUGCUGGAAUCAAGUACUUGUCCUCUAUACGAGGAAAUGAGGCAGACAUUGAGAAACUUAGGAUAUGCACAGAGCAAGAUUCUUGUGACUGCCGAAGAAUUUUUUGUUUCCCUUGGUCAAACAAGUUUUCAUAUACACUGAAGCAGAUAAGCAUUGCUCGUUCUCCGAAGAUUCUGUGCAUUCAUCUAAAGCGGGUUUCUGUUAAUAUUUUUGGCGAACUAGUCAAACUUCAGGGCCAUGUUUCGUUUCCUUUAAUUUUGGACCUUUCCUCAUUCAUGACAAGCGGGGUGGCCUUUAUGACCCGGGAAGAAAUUUUUCAGAGAGGGCAAGUGCACCCACAUUAUGGAAAACCAAGUUUUCAUACCGAAAUUUCUAACAUACAAUACGAUACAACAAGAAAUCUGACUUAUAUGUAUCCUGCAACAAGAGGAGGUUUCUACUCUAGCAAGGGACAAGAUUUACCGUGGCAAUCCGAUUUUAUCGAAGCUGGGGCCUGUUCAAAAGCCCUGCAUACAGACAUAGAGAUGCAACCAGAUGAGCAGGUUAGUAAGAGUUCCCAAGUGGUCCCUCCAAGUCCUUGUUUAUAUCGUCUAGUUUCAGUUGUGGAGCAAAGUCCAAUAUAUUACUUUAAUAUGCACAAUAACUUUGCUCUGUGCUUGCAGAUUCUGUGCAUUCAUCUAAAGCGGGUUUCUGUUAAUAUUUUUGGCGAACUAGUCAAACUUCAGAUUCUGUGCAUUCAUCUAAAGCGGGUUUCUGUUAAUAUUUUUGGCGAACUAGUCAAACUUCAGGGCCAUGUUUCGUUUCCUUUAAUUUUGGACCUUUCCUCAUUCAUGACAAGCGGGGUGGCCUUUAUGACCCGGGAAGAAAUUUUUCAGAGAGGGCAAGUGCACCCACAUUAUGGAAAACCAAGUUUUCAUACCGAAAUUUCUAACAUACAAUACGAUACAACAAGAAAUCUGACUUAUAUGUAUCCUGCAACAAGAGGAGGUUUCUACUCUAGCAAGGGACAAGAUUUACCGUGGCAAUCCGAUUUUAUCGAAGCUGGGGCCUGUUCAAAAGCCCUGCAUACAGACAUAGAGAUGCAACCAGAUGAGCAGGUUAGUAAGAGUUCCCAGGUGGUCCCUCCAAGUCCUUGUUUAUAUCGUCUAGUUUCAGUUGUGGAGCACUAUGGAAGGGCUGGCAGCGGGCAUUACACUGUCUAUAGCAGCGCAAAAGACGGUUCAGAUUCGUUUAAAGAUGAAAUUGAUACCCCAUCGGAGCCCGACCCUGAAUGCUGGUUCUGCAUUUCAGAUUCUGAAGUACAUCGCGUUUCCGAGAAAGAUGUCCUUGCUGCUGAAGCUAGCUUGCUUUUCUACGAGAAGAUAGUACAAGAAUGAAUAGUGUACCUUCUCUGCCUGUUUUUGUUUGUUGUAACUUUUGAUUACUCAGAAAAAGGCAAAUGCUGAUUGAUUUUCAACUCGGAGAUUCCCAAAAGGGGGAAAAAAAAGAAACAGAAAAGGAAAAUAAUGAAUGCACAGGCAAUAACUUUUCGUGGACAGUUGCAUUAUUUUUAACAUUUUCUUGGAAUAAA